CGUCCCUAGCAACCAGUGCCAGAGAGCGAGAGACGCAUCAAUAAUUUGUUGUCGUUUUUUUCUCUCUGUCAUCACGAUUAAGCACACACAUUUUCCAUUCAAGGCGAUUUUUAUAUUACUGCGGUGUGCAAUGGCGCAGGGUGUGCAUUAAAAACGUUCACAUUUUCCAAACGGAGCGGUCCUGAGGAACGAAUCACUUCCGUCACUACCUAGAAUGACAAUGGCGGAGAAACGUCGGGCCGGGGGAACUUCGGGGAUGUCCGAAGCCAAACCAACCAAGACUGACACUGAGAGGGAGUUCUUAUUGCAGGCGGGAGUCGGGGAGUUACUCCGGGGGGCUCUGUUAAAGAUGGUAGAGGCCAGGUCGGAGGACCCAGUGGGGUUUUUGGCAGACCAUUUCUGUAAUCUGGCCUCCGAGACUGAGAAUGGGAUGGCUGGAUGCUGCAGCGAUGGAGAUAUGCUAAACCUCGGUGCAGGCGCACACGAGCAGCAGCAGCUGAGCCGAGCCCUAUGGCACCUGCGUCUAGCGCAUCACUCUCAGAGAUCUGCCUUCAGCAACAAUGUUCGUGUGGCCUACGACCUACUAACCCAGACAGGGCCCCAGCGGCGAGGAGGAGUGGGUCCCAGUGGCCCCGCUGGUCCAUGCAGCUCUAACAGCCCAGGUGGGGGGGUCAGGGGCCGACUCUACACACACACCCUCCAGUGUCUCUGCAGCGAGGGAGGUGUCCCCAUCUCCACUUCAGCCCCUCUGCUACGCCGGCUCCACUGCCAGGACCAUGAGGCCGUGCCCUAUGACGUCUUCAGGCACGGUGUGCUGACGUGUGCUGUGUUUUCUGACUACAUCCGGCGGGCGCAGAGGCUGUACGCGGAGGUCUGCGACCCAGCUGAGGGGCCUGCUGGUCGGGCACUAUGUCUGGCUGUGCUGGGCACCCUCCAUGAAGCCCUGGAAACCUCCCGGUCUGACGGUGGCUCCUCAGAUGCUAACCACUACACUAAUGCUAACGCUAAGGCCAAUCCCUACCUGGAGGCUAAUACUAAGGUUAGCCGCUACCUGGAGGCGAGUGCUAAGAUCUCGCCCGGUAAGCUUGCCCAGGCUAUGUCUGGAGCGGAACCAGCCGGGGUCAACAUGGACGCCAAGGAAUUUGAGGAUGCUGCGGCAGAGCUCUUUAUUGCUCGAGUAAGAGUUGUGUGUUAGCUGCUGGUGUAUACUCGUUCCUAUAAUGCCUGCACAGUUCCUUGUAAUGUAGUUUCUUGCACAGAACCUAGUAUAAUGAGAUGUGAAUGACUUUCCUCGUUCUUAUGAAGCACUUGGAAAGAACAUACAGCAUGGCUAAAUAUACACUACCGUUCAAAAGUUUGGAGUCACUUAGAAAUGUCCUUGUUUUCGAAAGAAAAGCAAUUUUUU